AUGUCUGCCGAUUGCAAGUGUAAUCGAUGGGUUAUCAGCCUACAAGCGGCAUUCGAGCAGGAUAAUUUCGAGCAAUUGUUUCGCAAGGCUGUGCAGUGUUUGAGUGAGGAAGAAUUUAAGAGAAUUCCGGAGUUUCGUCAUCGCGAGGAUGCUUUAGCUUGUCUCUUUGGAAGACUAUUGCUCCGUCAUGCAGCUCAAAUGUUUACCGGCGUCCCAUGGAAGGAAAUUAUGUUUGAAAGAACUGAUAGAGGCAAACCAUAUUUGGUGAAUCCACCAAACACUACAUUUGGAUUGAACGUUUCGCAUCAGGGAGACUAUGUAGCAUUUGCGAGUAGCUGCUCGUCGAAAGUUGGAGUCGAUAUCAUGCGAUUAGACACGGAACGAAAUAAUAAGACCGCUGAUGAAUACAUAAACUCAAUGGCGAAAUCGGCUUCAGCUGAAGAACUGCGUCGAAUGAGGGGACAACCGACCGAGAAAAUGAAGAUGACCAUGUUUUAUAGAUAUUGGUGUUUGAAAGAGGCAAUUUUGAAAGCAACUGGUGUUGGAAUCAUGAAAGAUCUAAAUGUGCUUGAUUUCCGCGUCGACGACAAGGAUCGUUAUCGUCUUGGAUGCUUUGUAACGUCAACGACGGUUUUGGAGGAAGGCAAGCUUCAAGACCAAUGGGUUUUCGAGGAGACGUUCCCGGAUAACAAUCAUGCUGCAGCAGUAUGCAGAGAGAAAAAGCUGCCACGCGAGUGCGCCUUCCGCAAGGAUCCGGAAACUAAGAAGUUCUUCAGCAAGAUUUCUUUCGCUAAUCUUCUUGAGACUGCCGAGAUUAUCAAUCCGAUGCCGAACAAUGCACUUGACGCUUAUGAAGACUUCUUGAAAAAGCCGAGAAAGACCUUCUAA